UAAAUGGGCUUAUGUAAUACUGGCUCAGCCUAGGUAGAUGUAUCAUCUUCUACUAAACUUAAAGGCUGUUACAAGCUUAUCUAAAUUUCAUACCAUCACCAGCACUCAGUUCAAAGCUCUGCACCCAUUGAAGUCCAAUGAAUUCCUGUCAGCCAAGAAUUCUUCAGUCCCCUGACUGAACCUGAAAACAUCGAAAGUGACAGAAAAACUCGUAACCCAGAAGAAAUUAUUUCUCUGAUACUCCUCUUUUCCCUAAAGUUUUUUCAUUUCUUUUUCUAGUCCCCUCGACUUUUUCUCCAAUUUAAUCCGGGUACACGCCCAGACCUACUUAAGGUUUGUCCAUUUUCACCUCUACAUCCCAAAGCAAAAAACUCCCCCAGGUUAAGCAGUUGGACUCGCUGGCCAGCCCCACGCAUGCGCAAUUUGCAGCCACGAGCGGCACAGUGCACAGUCGGUUGCCCUCCAACCGGCGGCCCAGUCUCCUCCAAUCAGGGGCCACUUUGUUGCCCGGCGGGCCCCUCCCCCAACCGGGGUUUGGCAAUAUGGUGUCAGAGGAGGGUCAUGAACCAUAACUCCUUCUGAGGUAACUGGAUCCCGGGUUCAUUGCAGCCGGGGCCAGGUCCUGGUGCCCUUACUGGCCUAGCUUCUGUGUUCCUGUCCACUGGGAAUCAGGGAACCGGAGGAGCCGGGCUCCUCUGGUCAGGGAGCCGUCUGCCCUCCGGCCAGCAGGGCAGCCCAUGCGGCUGAGGGGCUGCGGCGCCGGCGGUGGUGGUGGUGGAGGAGGCGGCGGCGGGCUCCGUGGUUCCGGAGCGGGUAGGGGGAGAGGGUAGGGCAGGUGUGGUUAGGGACUCUCCUUUGGGCUUGGUGAAACCUUGGUUUCGCGGAGGAAAGCAAGAAGCAGCAGCAGCUGCAAAAGGAGGCCGGGCCGCAGCGUCACGAGCGAUCACUGAAGCAGGAAAAUGCUGCUGUCCCUGGUGCUCCACACGUACUCCAUGCGCUAUGUCCUCCCGGCCGCCGUGAUGUUGGGCACGGCCCCCACCUACAUCCUGGCCUGGCUGGGCUGGCGCCUCUUCUCCUUCUUCGUGCCGGGGGCACGCAUCUAUCAGGAGGUGGAUGAUCGCUUCUACACCAUCUACCAGAGUAUGGUGCUUUUCUUCUUUGAAAACUACACUGGCGUCCAGAUAAUACUAUAUGGGGAUUUGCCAAAACAUAAAGAAAAUAUAAUAUAUUUAUCAAAUCAUCAGUGCACAGUUGACUGGAUUAUUGCUGACAUUUUGGCAAUCAGGCAGAAUGCUCUUGGACAUGUACGCUAUGUUCUGAAAAAUGGCUUAAAGUGGCUUCCGUUGUAUGGGUGGUAUUUUUCUCAGCAUGGAGGAAUCUAUGUAAAACGAAGUGCCAAAUUUAACGAAACGGAAAUGAGAAACAAGCUACAGAGCCAGAUGGACACAGGCACUCCAAUGUAUCUUGUGAUUUUUCCAGAGGGAACAAGGUACAAUCCAGAGCUAACAAAAGUUAUUUCAGCUAGUCAAAUUUAUGCUGCUGAACAAGGCCUUGCAGUGUUAAAACAUGUCUUGACACCAAGAAUAAAGGCAACAUAUGUUGCUUUUGACUGUAUGAAAAAUUACUUAGAUGCAAUUUAUGAUGUUACAGUAGCUUAUGAAGGUACUGUGGAUCAAACGGGAAAGAGAAAAGAAGCACCUUCUAUGGCUGAAUUUCUCUGCAAAGAAUGUCCAAAAGUUCACAUUCAUAUUGAUCGCAUAGACAAAAAAGAUGUCCCAGAAGAACAGUUGUCUAUGAGAAGAUGGCUUCAUGAUCGCUUUGAAAUAAAAGAUAAGUUGCUGAUAGAAUUUUAUGAUUCACCGGAUUCCCAAAGAAGAAACAAGUUUCCAGGGAAAUGUAUUAAUUCCAAACUAAGCCUCAAGAAAACUCUGCCAUCUUUACUAUUCUUAGGUGGUCUGACUGCUAGUAUGCUCAUGACAGAAUCUGGAAGGAAAUUGUAUGUGAAAACUUGGAUAUAUGGAACCGUAAUUGGCUGCCUGUUGGUUAGUAUUAAAGUGUAAGCAAAUGCUGUCUCCAAUCAGUGGAAUGUGCUAUUCUGCCUCUUGAGAGGCAGCUGCACAUUUCACCAAACUGUUUCCUGAAUUUAUAAAGAAGUGUAAAUAAAGCCUUAUUGAUUGAACAUUGGAUAAGUUACAAUUUGUGACUUCAGCCUAUUUGUGGUUGGUCUUGGAUAAGCAUACGUAAUUUUACAAGUUUACUCCUGAAUUUGCUGUAAAGUGAAUAGAUACAUUGAGUUAUGUUAUACUUUGCUUUCCCCAUGAACUUAAUGUCUGUGUUGGAUGAAUUACAGAAGAUUAAUGGAAGUGUACAGCUUGUUAUUUUUUAUGUAAUUCAAGUGGAAAAUAUUCCUGAUAAUUUGCAGUAUAUAUUCUUCAUCUUUUUUUUGUUAUUUCAGGUUUUUUCCUCACAACUUGUGACUGCAUACUAAUUGCAGCUAACAAAGGUAGUGUUUUUCAGUUAUGUGACUUUUUUUUUUUUUUUUUGGUUCAAUGUGUUUUUUCACAGCAGUCUAAAAGAUUAGUACUUAGAUCAUGAAAUGUAUAAAGAAACAAAAAAAUGUUUAUGGGGAAGAAGCUCUGUUUAGUCUUUUUAUUAUUGCAUUAUUAAUUGGUUUAAUUAUUUACAUAUGCAAAACAUUUUAACAGUCUCUUUUAAUCAAAGCAGCCUAAUUUGCACAACUCUGUAUUGUGCUUAAAAGAAAGUGUAAAGUAUAAUGAAAAUUAAGUCUAAGCUAAAAUUGUGACCUAACCAAAUUGUAGGAAAGCAUUUAAAAAAAAAUUGUUCAGUUUAAUAAAGAUUUCAGUUAAGCUAAGUAGAACAUACGUGCCAUAAAUAGUAGGUCAUUUAAGUUUUCUAUUACUUCCAUAAUUAUCUGAGUAAUCAGUUUGAAUUGUACAUUCUCUUACUCUUGAAUGAGUCAAGAGUAUAUUUGAGGUAACAUAAAACACUCAAAUGUUUCUACUAAACUUUUAAGCAUGUGCCUUUUGUCUCUUAGACUGAUUUUUAACUUGAUAUUUAGUAAAAAAAAAAAAAAGAUUUUUAUUUUAUUGUAUUUUCAGUAAUUUUCACUUGAGAUUGUAGUGUUGAUAUGUAUGAUUUACCCAGUACAUUAUUAGUAAAAAAAAAUCCACAGUCAGCCAGUAUUUGUCCUGCUUAAAAUUGAACCUUUUGUAUGGAAGUUCUGACUGCUACUGCCAAUGUUCUUUGUAGUUGCCUCACGUCAAGAAAUUUUUGUUCCUAAAGGCAAAGGGACAUUUAUUCCAUCAAGCAGGACUAAGGGAAUGAUCUUCCUUUAAAAAAAAAAAAGUAUUGGGUUUUUCCCCCAAUUCUGUUGAAAAUUUUGACCUGGCCACAAAGUACAUGAUUAACAUUUUUCUUCUUGAUUCUAUAGUUACUUUUAUCUUUAAUGGGAUCUUUGAGGCUUAUGGAAUUUCAUUAAGAAAUUGCAUUUUGACAACUGUGUCAUUAAGCUCAUCAUCUAUAGAACAAGAUGUAGUUUUAAAUAAAUGUUUUGCUUUUGUUUUAUUUCCAUUCAUUUAUAGAACUUCUCUAAAGGUUCACAAUUUUAGGUUUAGAUUUGUUGACCCUGGGUUUUUGUUACUAAAUUUACAGUGUCAGUAACUAAGGCAAGAGACACUAAUUAAAUCUUGGUGAAUCAUGAAAACAAUUACAGUGGAUAAUGUUUUAAUAAAAUACAGUCUGCUUCUACGAACCAAGAGUGAGUAAACUAUUUUGAAUAGUAGCUUUGUAGACUCAAGUGUGGCAUAUUUUAGCAGCAUAGAAUUGGUUUAACUCUGACACAGGAAGACCUGUGUGCAGUCUUUUGAUGCCAAACUUAUUUGAAACUUUCUUUCAUGUGAAGUUUAAAAUAAAUUUUUUAAUGUCUUUGGAAAUGCUUUUAAGACAAAUGCAGACAGAGACAUGCUUUUAAGAUACAGGUGCAGAUGAUACAGACAAAACUGACAGACAAACACACACCCCACCACACCACACACAUACACUCCUCCUCCCCUCCACAAAUGGUUAAACUUAGAAUAAUGCCAAGCUCCGUACAAAUAAUUGUGAAAACUUAUUUUUCACCUAAUAACUGGGUAUCCAAUUGAUGUACCAUAGGUAAAAUUUUAAAGUUCAUUACUGUUUAAAUUAUGUACAUCUCCAGUUAUACAAAGUUAGCAGUGUGACUAGAUUGAAAAUCAUCUUGAACAUCCUACUUCUGACUACGCUGAUAAUUUUUUUCUCACACGCUGGAAAAGCAUAAUAAAAUAAUUGUUUUAUAUUAAGUUCAUUUGCUUAUGUAUCAAAAUGUUUGAAAAAUUAGUUACUCCUAACAUGCACUGGUAAUAACUUGAAUUUUUCCUUAUAAAAGUCAAGAAAACCCCCCCAUGCUCAUAUAUUUUGUUUUUACUUUUAGUAAAAUGUUCUCAUGAAAUAUCUCUUUAAGCUUUUGUUUGUAUCAUUAUUGUUUGCAGCUGAAUUAUUGCUUAGUUAUUCUUUACAAAAUACAAUCACUGUGCAUGCAUUUUAUGCUUUUUAGCAAAAGGGUUUGUGUGAAAGUCGGCAAAAUAAAAACUUUCCUUGUCUCUUA